AUAAUCUUGGUCGGACGACUUUCAGGUGGUUCCAAUUUUUUUUCAGGUAGUCUUCAUUUUUUUUCAGGUGGUUCCAAUUUUUUUUCAGGUAGUCUUCAUUUUGUUUUCAGUUAGUCUUCUUUGUUUUUCAGUGGGUUUUUGUGCUUCAGUUAGACUUACUUGGAUUUCAGUUGGUCUUUAUUCUUUUUCAGUUAGUCUACAUUUUUCUUCAGGUAGUCUUCAUUUUGUUUCAGUUAGUCCAUUAUUUCUUUCAGUUGGUCCAACUGAAAGAAAAGAAAGUCCAACUGAAAGUAACUUAGGUCUAACUGAAAGUAACUUAGGUCUAACUGAAAGUAACUUAGGUCUAACUGACAACAACUUAGGUCUAACUGAAAGUAACUUAGGUCUAAAUGAAGGUAACUUAAGUCUAAAUGAAACUAACCUUUACUUGAAGGUAUUACAACCCAUAGCAUAUGUUGCCUUCUUUGUAACUUUAAUUCACAAUGUCAUGACUUUUAGUUCUAACAAAGAGGGGAUAAGUGACCAACACAAUAUUAACCUGCUUUAGCUUAGCAUCGAGCAGGCUUCCGUCUUGAAUAAGGAAAUGGAAACCAGGAGACAACGAUGAAGACGACAAGGAGUGAAGAAGGUGUUCCCUAACAAAGAGGGGGUAAGUGACUAUAGCAUACCAGUCCUUGCAAACAAUUAAGCCUGAUAAUGUCUUGGAGAAUUGAAGCACUCCUUCGAUUUUUCUAUUUCAGCAUCCAUGGAAAAUACACGAAGAAGAAGAUGAUAAAGUUGGAAAGAGAGAGAGAAAAAGAGGAAGAAGCAGAGAGAGAGAAUAUAGCAAGCAAAAUAGGGGUCAUGCAGGAAUCAACAGAUCAGGAUGGUACACCAUAUACCUCAUACAUGUCCAUGGUCAAAUAUGGGCCUAAAAGACUUGAAAGGGCCAUGGCCGCACUUCUUCUUGUCUUACAAAUUUCAACACCUCUACCUUUUAUCGAUUGGGACUCUUAUUCUGUCCCUGCAGCAAAGGCAGUGCUUUAUUCUCCAGAUACUAAAGUUCCUAGAACCGGGGAACUUGCAUUAAGAAGGGCCAUCCCAGCAAACACAAACAUGAAGACAAUACAGGAUUCUCUGGAGGAUAUCUCAUACUUGCUUAGGAUUCCUCAAAGGAAACCAUAUGGAACCAUGGAGGGGAAUGUAAAGAAAGCUUUAAAGGUAGCGCUCGAUGAAAAGGAAGCUAUUUUGGCAAGUUUUCCCAGCGAGUCAAAGGAAAAGGGUUCUCUUCUGUAUGCAUCUCUAAUUGAUGGGAAGGGUGGCUUGCGAGCGCUUCUUGAAUUCAUAAAAGAUAAGAAUCCUGAUAGAGUAUCAGUGGGUCUCGCAUCUUCAUUAGAUACUGUUGCAGAAUUGGAGUUAUUACAGGCUCCAGGAUUAUCGUUUUUGUUGCCUCAGCAGUAUUUGAAGUAUCCAAGGCUAAAUGGGAGAGGAACAGUUGAAUUUACCAUUGAGAAAGUAGAUGGUUCAACAUUUUCUCCUCAAACUGGUGGUGAAGCCAAAAGUACAGCCACCGUUCAGGUUGUUAUUGAUGGAUAUUCGGCACCAUUGACGGCUGGGAAUUUUGCUAAAUUGGUGAUUGAUGGGGCAUAUGAUGGUACAAAGCUCGGUUGCACUAGUCAAGCUAUUCUAUCUGACAACAACCUUGAUGCUAGCAAGGGUUACAGUGUUCCCUUGGAAUUAAUGCCAUCUGGACAAUUUGAGCCGCUCUACAAGACAACAUUAAGUGUACAGGAUGGUGAGCUGCCUGUUCUGCCUUUAUCUGUUUAUGGAGCAGUUGUUAUGGCUCACAGUGAAGUUUCUGAGGAAUACUCAUCGCCGAACCAGUUCUUCUUUUAUCUAUAUGACAAGCGGAAUGCUGGUUUAGGAGGACUGUCAUUUGAUGAAGGGCAAUUCUCUGUUUUUGGCUACACGACUGUUGGUCGAGAUAUUCUUCCUCAAAUAAAAUCCGGUGAUAUAAUUAGAUAUGUGAAGCUAGUCGAAGGCCAAGAUCGCCUCAUAAUGCCGAGUGAAAGUUGAAAGUGUUUCUCGUCAGAUUCAAACUGUAUUCUGCGAUGACAUUUGUUCUUAAACCUGCGGCUUGGUAUUCUUUCUUCCACCUUGAUAGAGGACUUUGAUCGCUAACAGCUUCCUAGCUCAUUGUUGCUCAGGCAUGGACAUAGUAUUUCAGCUCUUUUCAAUGAUUUUCUCCACCUAUUGAGCUAGAAGGCCAUAUUCUUGCUUUACUCAUUUUCCUUUCGGACAUUUUUGGUGGAUUUACAUUGUAUAGUGUCUAGUUAUCUUCUAAAAUCUCAAUACUUUUGAUGAUUAUGGAAGCCCCCGCCCCCCAUCAUAAUUGAACCCCUUCGUGUGUUUAAGGCACUAGAUGGCACCUAUCACACUACCAAUAGCUAGAAAUGCUCACACUCAAGCAAAUCUUAUGGGGAACGAAAUCACAAGUUCGUAACAUAUGAAGAAAGAAGCAAAAGUAAGAAAUGAUGGAUAUCAAAGUAUCAACCGUUGAUUGCGUUUUUUCCAUACCAAAGAUAGUGUAUUUCUUUUUUUUGAGGGAAAAAGAUAGUGUAUUUCUAUAACAGUGGUUAUUUGUCAAGUUUCUUUAAUUGUUAAA